UUUGACUUUUUGGUGUCUGUUACCUUGCAAUUUCAUCACUUGGGGAACCUUCCUUCUUCUUUCUUUCAGGAAAUUUUCUGCUAAAAAACCUCAUAAUUGCAAAUCAAGAAAACCCCUCUUCAUUUUCAUUUCUAAGUAUUCAUAUAUUAAAGAAUGAAGCUUUGCAGAAUUUUAGCUAACUAGUAAUAAGUUAAGGAAACAUUGCAAUUGUUAUUGUACAAUGUGUAUGGAAUUUGUUGCGGAUUAUGUGGGACAAAGAGAAGAUGAAGUUGUGAACAUUUGAAAUUGCACACUUAGAAUAAUGGCCGAGAGCUGGGAUGAAAGUCAUGAGCUUGGUAUCCAAUCAGAUGAUAGCUUUCACAUAGACCCUAUGUAUGAUGCAUUCUUAUGUCCCCUUACAAAACAAAUAAUGAGAGAUCCUGUAACCAUUGAAAAUGGGCAAACUUUUGAACGUGAAGCUAUUGAAAAAUGGUUCAGAGAAUGUAAGGAAAAUAACAGAAAGCUUGUUUGCCCAUUGACAUCGAAAGAACUAAAAACAACUGAUAUGAAUCCAAGUAUUGCUUUAAGGAACACAAUUGAAGAAUGGAUUGCUAGAAAUGAAGCUGUUCAGCUUGACAUCGCUCGCAAAUCAUUUAAUGUUGGAUGUCCCGAAACUGAAAUUUUACGGGCUUUGAGAUUUGUUCGACAUCUUUGCCAAAAGAAUUUUUCAAAUAAACAUACUAUUCGGAACGCUGAGCUGAUACCACUGAUUGUUGAUAUGUUGAAAAGCAGCAGUCGUACAGUCAGGUGUUUAGCUUUGGAAACUCUUCGCGUUGUGGUGGAAGACGAUGAUGAUAAUAAGGAAAUAAUGGCAGAAGGGGAUAAUGUGCGGACAAUAGUCAAGUUCUUUUCUCAUGAAAAGUCAAAAGAGCGAGAAGAAGCCGUAUCAUUGCUUUAUGAGCUUUCAAAAUUGGAGACGUUAUGUGAAAAAAUUGGGUCUGUUAAUGGAGCAAUUCUGAUAUUAGUUGGAAUGACUAGUAGCAAAUCUGAAAAUCUGUCGACAGUUCAGAAGGCAGAUAAAACUCUGGAAAAUUUGGAGAAUAAUGAGAAUAAUGUGAGACAAAUGGCUGAAAAUGGUAGAUUGCAACCUUUGCUGAGGCUUCUCCUUGAAGGUUCUCCAGAAACGAAACUGUCCAUGGCUUCAUACCUUGGCGAGCUGGCUUUAAGCAAUGACGUAAAAGUCUUUGUGGCUCAAACUGUGGGCCUGUCCUUAAUUAACCUCAUGAAAAGUGGUAACAUUCAGUCUAGAGAAGCAGCCCUAAAGGCCCUUAAUCAAGUUUCAUCUUGUGACCCUAGUGCCAGAAUCUUGGUUGAAGAAGGUAUCCUUUCACCUUUGGUCAAAGACCUUUUUGCAGGGCAGAACCAGCUCCCGAUGCGACUGAAAGAAAUCUCGGCCACAAUACUGGCAAAUAUUGUGGCCUCCGAUUGUGACUUUGACUCGAUCCCGGUGGGUCCCAACCACCAGACCCUUGUGUCCGAAGACAUAAUUCAUAAUCUACUCCAUUUGAUCAGCAACACCGGACCUGCAAUCGAAUGCAAACUGUUACAAGUUCUUGUUGGACUCACAAGCUCACCAGUUACCAUAGUUGGCGUUGUUUCUGCUAUUAAAAGCUCGGGUGCCAUUAACAGUUUGGUUCAGUUUAUUGAAGCCCCACAGCAAGAUCUUCGUUUAGCUUCGAUAAAACUUCUGCAAAAUCUUUCUCCAAACAUGGGUCAAGAACUAGCGAAUUCUUUACGUGGGAGUGCGGGUCAGUUGAGCGGGUUAAUUAAAGUAAUUGCAGAAAACAUUGCUAUUACUGAAGAACAAGCAGCCGCAGUUGGACUUCUAGCCGAACUUCCUGAACGAGACAUGGACCUCACCCGACAAAUGCUAGCUGAAGGUGUGUUUGAAAUGGUGAUUUCACGAAUCAGAAUGAUCCGACAAGGUGAACCAAGAAGAAGCCGUUUUGUAACACCGUAUUUAGAUGGGCUUGUUUGUGUACUUUCGAGAAUCACGUUUGUGUUACCCGAAGAGCCAGAAGCGGUCUCUUUAUGUCGUCAGUACGAUCUCAUGACUUUAUUCACCGAACUUCUUCAAUCAAACGGGCUUGAUAAUGUUCAAAUGGUUUCUGCUUUUGCUUUAGAAAAUUUAUCCCAAGAAUCCAAGAACAUGACCAAACUUCCCGAAAUUCCAAAACCAAGCUUUUGUGGGUUAGUUUUUCCUUGUUUCAGGAACCAACCUGUGAUGAGCGGGUUGUGUAGGGUUCAUCGUGGUGAAUGUUCACGUAAAGAUACUUUUUGUUUACUAGAAGGGCCAGUGUUACAGAGACUGGUCUCUCUGUUGGAUCACACAAACGAGAAGGUAGUGGAAGCAUCUUUAGCUGCAUUGUCAACUAUAUUGGAUGACGACGUUAAUAUAGAAGAAGGGGUAGCAGCUUUAUGUUGGGUAGAAGGAAAAAAACCGUUUCUUGAUGUUUUACUCGAGAAAAAAACAGAAAAUUUGUGGAGACGAGCCGUUUGGGUAGUGGAAAGGCUUUUAAGAACAGAAGACAUAGCGUAUGAAGUCGCGAGUGAUCCUAAAGUUACUACAGCACUCGUGGAUGCAUUCCAGCAUGGCGAUUAUCGUACACGACAGGUUGCAGAACUUGCCUUAAAACAUGUCGAUAAGAUACCCAACUUUUCGGGUAUCUUUCCAAACAAAUGAUCACAAAGAGAAAAAGAAAGGUAUAUAUAACUGUCUUCUUACCUUUGCUUUUUUUUGUUGUACAAUACAGGUUUUUUUUCUUUCUUAAUCAUAUUGUUUUCAGUAUACACCAUCAUUGUAAAGAUAUUUAUUACAACGUGUGUAUAAUUGUUUUUUUUUUGGUU